AUGCCUACCAUCCUGCACAAUGGCCGCGUCUUCCUCGCAGCCGACGGCGAGACGCCUGACCGCUUCGCCAGCGUUGUCGUGCUCGACGCGGUCACAGGCAAGAUUACGCACGUGGGUGACGAGACGGACGCCGCCGUGAUCAAGGCCAAAGCCGCGCCGGGCGCCAUACUCCACGACGUCCAGGGCCGCGUGGUCCUGCCCGGCUUCGUCGACGGCCACAUGCACCUCUGCCAGACGGGCGCCGGGCUUGAGAAGCUCAAUCUUCGGUCGAGCAAGAACCUGGGCGAGAUCCAGGCGGCCAUCCGCGCCUGGGCGGCCAAGCACCCAGAACUGCCGCGGAUCCUGUGCCGGGGCUGGUUCCACCCGUCGACCGGCGGUAACGAGCUCGCAACCCAGAUUGACGGGCUCGAUGUGCCGGGCAAGAGCCGUCCCGUGUACAUUGACGCCGACGACUUGCACUCGUCGUGGCUUAAUACAGCUGCGCUGGACGAGAUGGGCGUGUCGAACAUGGAAGACCCUCCCGGCGGCCACAUCCGGCGCGACGCCGACGGUAAGCCGUCGGGCGUGAUGCAGGAGACGGCGGCUUUGGGCAUAGUCUGGCCGUUCUUGCACAGCAAGCGGACGGUUGAGGAGAGGCAGCGGCACGUGCAGGCCGCACUCGACGCCUACAUCGCCUCGGGCUACGCUGGCGUCGUGGAUAUGGCCAUGGGCGACGAGGACUGGACAACCCUCCAGCAGUACCGGCAGGAGCACGGCGAGCUCCCCAUUUGGGUAGCCGCGCACUGGCUCAUCCUCCCGCAGCCGUCACCCGAGGACACCAUACGGCAGGUUGAUCGCGCCAUUGAGCUGCAGACGCAGUAUAACCGCCUCACCAGCCCGCGGUUCCGCAUCGCGGGCAUCAAGAUUGUGGGCGACGGCGUCAUCGACGCCUGCACCGCCGCUAUGCAGCAGCCAUAUUCGCACAACAACCAGAGUGUCGCGCCCGUGUGGACACGAGAGGCCCUCGAGCCGGUGCUGCGCCGCGCUGACACUGCAGGCCUCCAGAUUGCCAUACACGCCAUCGGAGACGCCACCAUCAAGCUGGCGAUUGACGCGCUCGAGGCUGUCGGAAACCCCGCGGGCCGACACCGCAUCGAGCACCUCGAGACGACGGCACCUGAGGAUGUGCCGCGUCUCGGCGCUCUCGGCAUCACCGCCUCUGUGCAGCCCGUGCACCUCGAUCCGGCGAGUUUGGCGGCGUGGGAGAAGCUGCUGGGCAAGGCCCGGUGCGGGCACGUCUUUCCCUACGCGGCUUUUGCGGAGCACGGCGCUGAGCUGGCACUGGGCACCGACUCUCCGACCGCACCCUACAAUCCGUUGGCGAACCUGUAUGUGGCGACGACGCGGCGGUCAGCCCUGGAGCGCAACAUGACGACGCAAACGACGCCUCAAUUUGCACUGUCGCUAGCAGCCGCGGUGGCAGCGUCGACGCGAGGGUCUGCACGGAGUUGUUUCGCCGAGGACAGGGCCGGACAGUUGCGACCAGGCUGGGAGGCGGAUCUGGUUCUGGUGGACAUGGAGUGGGACGCCGAGAAGCUGUUAGACGCCAAGGUUGCGGAGACGUGGAUUAGGGGGAAGAAGAUGUACCCUGCAUAG